AUGAUAGUAGCUGCCAGCAGUGGAGGUCAAAUUGAGCAACCAAAUUGGGACAAAGAUGUUGAGAAUUGCGCUUCACCGACACUCACGUUUAGUGGAUUUUUCCCACUUGGAGAGGAUAUUUCCACCACCGUCGGCGCCGGAUACACACUGGGAUCGUACGAUGUCUCCAAUAUACGAUCCGUGGAAGUGAAACCAUCGGCGGAUGGUUGGCCAAUUUACAUUGAUGCAUUGGUGGCCGCUGGAAAGCUCACCAUCACGACAAACGAUCAGUUCGCUAUCUACGAACAGCUUUCGAACUACACAUUCUUCAUCAAUAAGAUCGUGUUCGUAUGCGCCUCAUCUACGACCCGGGAGAUGAGUUUUAGGCAGAACAUCAAGGAAGAAAACAACUAUGCUCCCAGGUUUAGUCAGGAUUCUUACACCGUCCAACUUCCUCUUCCGCUACCGAAGGGCUUUGAUAUACAGCUGUUCAUAGCAGACGGCAAAGGUAUAGUGGCGUACGAUAUGGAUUUAACGAAAAAUAGUAUCACAUUUUCGAUCGAUGAAAAUGAGUACUUCAGCAUAGCCUCUAUGAAUGGCGCAACUCGUACCGAGUUCAUUGCACAGCUCAAAACGAAGGAAACGCUUACGAGAAUCCAGCAGCCGAUAGUCUUGCGGAUAGCGGCACAGGACGAGUGGAAUCCACCUUUAUCGGGACAAGCUACAGUAACGAUCUCCAGUGAUCCGGAGAACGUGUUUCUAGUGGCACCGGAAUUCGAGCAAAGUUUGUACAGUGUAAAGUACAAACGAGGCGAUCAGUUUAUGCCGAUCCGUAUCGUCCUUAAGGCGGGCAGUUACGAUGCCAGCGUACGGUACGAACUAUCGGGGGACAAUAGUGCCCUGUUCACUAUCAAUCCCAGUACUGAUCGGUCGUCGGCAACGGUGGCACUUCGCUCGGGAGUGCAGAUUGGAGAGGAGUUACAAGUGCUGCUGAUUACUGUAGCGGCAAGCCGCACCGGAGCAGAAGCUACCGGUCAAACUGCACUCGUGGUAGAGCUUACCAGUGAUCCAAAAGUGGUGCCCGAAUUCGAACAGUCCUUCUACAGCGGUACUAUUGGGAAGGAUACACGAAUUCGGUUGGAUGUACCAAUUCGCAUCGUUCCUUCCACUAGUGACUCCAGUGUGCGUGUUACACUGGCCGGUGAUGAUGCAAGCUACUUUAGUGUCAGCUUCAACAACAAUCAAGUAACAGUCGCCCCAUCCGGAGCCCUCACGGCCGAAAUAUUGAAGCAGAAGAGCUACCUCCUGGUAACGAUUCAAGCUGAAAAGGCUAGCGUAGCAGGCUUGGGUGAAUCGUUGCUAUUGCUGUCGAUCGAGAAGGACGGCACGGAGGAUCCACACUUUGAGAAUGUGGCCUAUCAAGGAACGCUCAACGUGGCUACAAACACCUUACAGAUACCUACAGUACGAAUUGCCGCCGGAAGCUAUAUUGCAGGAUUGCAGUUUAGCUUCACGGGAGAUGUGACUUUCUUCAAUAUUCGUGAAAACGCAGGAACCAUCAGCUUCUCGCUGAACAACGUAACCCCUGAGAGGCUAACGGACAGAUCGUACCUUCUCGUAACCGUCGCCGCUAAGCUGCAGGACAUCGAAGUAGCCCAUGCGGUAGUAAUCGUCCGAGUGGUACGUCCACCGGUUCCUAAGUUUGCCAAAAACUUUAUCGAAGGACAGCUAGAUCAACGGACGCUGAGUCUGAGCAUGGAGAAGGUUGAAUUCCUGCUCGAUUCCUUCUCCCGCGACACCGUCGUUCGGCUGACGGAUGAGCGAGGAUUUUUCGGUAUCAUUCAAAUUUUGCCCGAAAAUGUGUUCGAGAUCAAUUUGCAAGGAACCGUCACCAGGGAGUCACUGCGUGGAUUAUCACGCCUUCUACUGACGGUCGAAGCGAACAAUCCGGGUACAGAUAAGGCGUUCUGCGUGAUUGCGGUGAACGUUAUACAACCACCCCAACCAGUAUUUGAGCGUUUGCUGUAUGAUGGAAUGAUCGAGGAAUCCACCAGACAACUCAUCGAACCGAUCGUCAUCAAGCUAACGCCCGAAACGGUAGACGAAAUGGUGCGAUUUUCAUUGGCCAGCGAUGGCGAUUCCUCUUAUUUCAAGCUGGAAACGCUGACACCGAUCAGGGAAGGGGCUCGUAUCAGUCUGGUUGCACCGUUGAGCGACGAUGUAAUGGCCACUAGAGAGCUCUUCCAGUUCAGUGUUAUAGCGACCGAACAGUUAUCGUCUAGAGAGACAAAAAUACCGGUGGUGGUGUACGUGAAGCGACCAUUAAUCAAAUAUCCCAGAUUCACUAAGCCUCUGUACAAAUCGCGAAUUGGUACCAAUCUGCAGCUGGUUCCAUUCGAGGAAAUUAGUCUCGAAAGCGGAAGCUACCUAGAUACAGCGACCGUUUCCAUACGAAGCAGCAACACUGAUUUAUUCAGUGUCCGGCUUAGGGAUGGGCGGGUAACAGUGGAACUGUUGCGACCAAUAACCGUCACCAGCAUCAGCGAGAUCGAUCGUUUCGAGUUUGUUGUAGAAUGCAACAAUCCAGGUAUGGCGUCAGGAUUUACUACCAUCAUUAUCGAUAUAGACCGUGGCACUAGACCGGAAUUCGAGGAGCUUUACUACACCGGAGAGCUAAGAGAAGGCACAAAGGACAUCACCUUCACUACAUCGGUGGCAUUGAAAGCGGGAACCUUUGAAAGCAGCACGCAGUAUCGCUUAGAAGGAGUCGAUAGUGAACUGGUACAGUACACGGUCGCGGUUAAUGGUCGUUUGAGUUUGUACCUACGCGAUGGCGUGUCGGCGGAGCAGCUGAAGGCACGAUCGGAACUACAGUUCCUUGUCGUAGCCACCAAUCCUGUCAGCACCCUUUCACAGUCACCAUCUAUUGCACCGUGUACCGUGAAGAUCAUUCGAUCCGCCAAACCCGUCUUUAACCGGAACUCAUUCAGAGGAAAGCUUGUCGAAGGAGAACCCUACGUCGAGUUUACUGAUGAUCCAGUUAAGCUGGAACUUGAUAGUAUACUAGAGACGACAGUGCUAACAGUUGCAGAUGAUGCUUCAUCUGCUUCAAACUACUUCGAAGCUACGAUCGCUGAGGAUCGUGAAACGGUACGCAUUAGGCUAAAGGACAACGUGAAGUGGGAGCAAAUCCGUUCUCGCGCAUACUUUACCCUUACCUUGCAAGCGGCCAACAGUCCUGGUGCGGAUCCAACGGAAUGUUCCGUAGUGCUGGACGUGGUGAACCUUCCGGCCGUAACGCCCGCUUUCACCAAGUCUAUCUACCGUGGUUCCCUACAGGAGGGUACAAGGGAAGUGAUGUUCUCCGCGGCCGACACCAUUACGGUGGAUCCGGUCACUAUUCUGCCCACGUUUCAGUACGCCGCGAUCGAAAACGAUGCCAACUUGUUCGAGCUGCUGCUAACGGAAGAUAACAAGUUCAGGGUAUUGCUGCGUGAUACCAUCUCCCCGUCGGCCAUUGAAGGGCGCGAUUUACUAAACUUCAUCAUUAGCAUCAACAACGCGUACAGUGCCGUCGAUACGGCAACCAUUGUGAUCACUAUCAAGCUGGCCGAUAUUAUCAGUCCGAUGUUCACGAAGCUGCUGUACAAUGGAAGUGUCGAUGUGACGAACCAGGAGCUUCUGUUCGGUGAACCUAUCCUGCUUAACGCGGGUACAUUCACGGAAAACACGGAGCUCGGUAUUGGUGGUACGGAUGCGGCCAUGUUGACGGUGACCAGGGAUGGUGCCCGUGUCGAUCUAGCACUGAAGGAGCGGGACGCGGUGCUCGAGGGACUACACUACAUCAGUGCGUACAUUCAAGCGACCAAUCCUGGCAGUGAUACAGCCACAGCCUUCGUCCUGCUUGAUGUAGCUGGAAGCCAACUACCACAAUUCGUGCAACCGACUGCUUAUGGUCAGCUAGCACCAGGCUCUCGAACCGUUACGUUUCCUGUUGGUUCGGAGUUGAAGAUCGUUCUGUCGAGUACUGCACCGGGCUUCCAGUGGAACCUAGAAGACGAUGACUAUCGCCUAUUCGAUGGUUUGUUAAACGAUGAUACAUUCACUUUCAAAUUAAAAGACUCCGUUACCGAGGAGCAGAUGGCGGUAAAGGCGCAAUUUAGCUUCAGUGUUACGCUCAAGAAUCCCGCCAGUGCUACGGUCGUAUCACGGGUCAUAAUCGCUCGAAAGCUACCGACCCCUGCAUUCACUAGGACGAUGUACGGUGGAUACUUCACGCCCGAUGAGCUCCUACCGCGGUUGUCCGAAGUGAUCACCAUAACCGAGGAGAGCUACAGCGAUGGAAUUACGGUGAAGAUCCGGGACUCAAAUGUCGACUUUCUAAUGGUCGAACAAAGUGGUCGCAAUGUGCAGCUUCGCGUGACGCGACCAGUAACGAUCACAGAUUUUCAGGGUUUAGAAUUCGUCCAUGUCCGGCUUGAGGCGAGCGUUGGUGAAGAGCGUGGAGAUGAAUGCUCCAUUUUGCUCACGCUUCCGGAUGGAACACCGUGCACUCCAUUGCCACCGAUCGUUGAUUGUACGGGUUGCUACAACUGUUCCACGGGUAACAUACUGCAUGAUGUGCCAGUAUUCGAAUAUGGCAAUUACCGGUUUCAGCUUCGAAGUGACUCAAGCGGUACGAUCGGGUCCGUUAGAGCCCUAGUGAAGGAUCCAAACGCAAUUGUGGAGCAUCAGUUGGAUGUACAGGAUGCUUAUCUACAACUCUAUCUAUCCAUGAGCCCCGAAGGAACACUAACCUUAGCACGGCCAAUAGAGCCGAAUGAGUAUGAGUUCACUGUAAAAGCGAUUAACGUGAUCGCGGGCAAACAAGCGUCCGUCAGAGUGUUCCUGGACGUGCUGAGUAAUUACGAGUGUACCGAACUGGGACGUAAGGUGCAGAAUGUUGAAAAAUCAUUGCUAAUAGUACACAUGGAUGAAGAACGUUCGCAUUUGACCAUCUUCCCGACGAUCCUAGGAGCGUGUGAGUACGAAAUUUUAAGCCAAAGUCCUGCUAGUGAGCCACCAUACUUCGGUAUUGACGUCGCAACCCACUGGCUGGUGUCACGUAGCGUUGAUCGCGAGGAUCGCGGACUGUUUGGCGAAAUGAUGGUACCACAGUUUCAGCUUCGUUUGAAGUUACUGUGCAGUGAUGGUGAUAGUAACCAGCAGCGUACCAAACGAUCGUUAAUCGAUACGAACACGAUCAAUUACGCGUCGGACAUUACUGUGAUCAAUGUCGUGAUCGAUGACAUCAACGAUAACGACCCGAUCUUCGUCAAUCCAACAAUCGGAACGACGACUGCCCAUCUGGCAUAUCCUCAUCCCUUGCUGGCUAGUAAGCUUAUGCUGCCUUAUCUAACCAUUCUGGAAGCCAAUGAUGCAGACGAAGGAUUAAAUGCAAAGAUACGGUACAGUUUGGGCGAAAACGAUCACUUUAUGGUCGAUCCAGAGACGGGAUGGAUACAGCCUGCCACCAACUCAUUGCUCGAAGUGAAUCGUAUUGAGCUCACGGCGAUCGCUACCGAUCGUGAUGGAGCAUCUGAUGGCCGCAGUACAAGUGCUACGUUGAGUGUGCGACGAUUGGAAGAGCACCAAAUAGUAGUUAUCACACUCGAUGCGAUGGACGAAUCAAUGGUCACUGACAUUGUCGAUCGGAUCAAUCAACAAUCCAAUUUCCAUCUUAAGCUCCUGCAUCAGGCAUACGUUCCAGUGAGCAGUUCCGUUUCUCGACUCGACAAUCGCGAAACGCUUAUGUUGGAGAAACUUCAACAACAACGCACGGUGCGUUUAGUGGUUUACGCUAUGGAUGACAACAAUCAACUAUUGGAGUUUGAUGCUAUCCAGAGCACAAUUCUAAAAGCAGUGCCUAGUAUAGGAGCAUCAUCGAUCGCCAUGAUUACCGAGGCGAUAUGCUCGGGCGACGGAAAUUCGUGUGCGGAUGGUUUGCGGUCGACUCGCGACGGUCUGAUCGCUUCAACUUCUGUCCUAGGUGCGUUGCUUCUGAUCAGUUUAGCUAUCGGCUGUGUGUUGUACAUUCGCUACGUAAGGCCAUUGUCAAAGGGCGCUACCACCGCAUCCGAUGUGGAGCAGCUAGAGAACGAUUUUGAUCCCAGUCCUCCACCAACACCGCCAUCACUGGGUGGAAAAAAGGAAACCAGCGAAGAACGGGACGAACGGAACACGCACAAUGAUCGGAAAAUAUCGAUCAACAUUACUGGAAUUACUAUGCAAGACUCAGAAGACACGCUCACGGAUAGCAAUCGAUUGGCACGAGCUCUCGGUGAUCGACUAGUCGAAGAAGAUGAGUACGGCGGCAGUACGGCGGUUCAGGAGGUGCCGGCCAGCGAACCCAAGAAUGUGAAAUUUAACGAACUAGUAGAAAGGAUAGAAGUCGAGCAUCAUCACAGCGAUGACGAGGAGGAAUCCGUGUUUGAAGAGCGGCUGUAGUAGCUGGGAGGUUUAAAGAGUGCAUGUUUAAUGGUAAGCCUUUUAUGAAUUGACACAUUAGAAUAAAUACUGAAGGAAACAACAAUAAAUCGCUGUUGUACUUUGUGACUGUACAAAUAUCUCGACUACUGCCGCAAGAGGCGCAAAUUUUAUAGAUAAAAUCUAUCUUGCAGCAGAAAGAAAGAAAAAUAUAUUGGAA